AUGUUUUCAAACUUAGGAAAUUAUGCAAACAAUUUAGUAUAAGCAGUUGGAGCAGCCCUGAUAGCUCCUCCAACUAAGUCUGUUUUUCUAACUAAAGGAAUGUUGACCCCAGAAGAAUUUAUUAAUGCUGGAGAUCGAUUAAUAAGUAAUGGAGGAAAUUGGAAAUGGUGUAAAGCCAUUAGUGAUCAAUAUAAAAACAAAUACUUACCAAAUGACAAAUAAUUUUUAAUCCAAGAAAAUAUUAUAUCAUAUAAAAGAAUUAAAGAUUUAAAUAGAGGAGGAACUUUCACUGAAUAGUAGGAAGGCGAAGACGUUACAAUUAUUAGAUCGGAGGAGUAGCCAAUUCAAGAAAUUACAUAAAGUCAAGAUAGAUAUUACACCUUAUACAUUACAUACGAUCUCUAUUAUUUCACUCCUAGAUUGUAUUUGAGUGGCAAAGUUGAUGAUAGACAAUUGACAUAUUAAGAAGUCAAAGAAGAUGUCUCAGGAGAGUAUGCAGAUAAAACUGUGACUGAGGAGAAUUUCCUUGAAUUGAAUAUCAAGUUGCCAACCAUUCACCCUUGUAAACAUGCUGAUACACUUAAAUUCUUUGUAGAUUAAAUGAGAGACAAUGGAUGUCCAGAAGAGAAAAUACAUCCUGAUAAUUCAUUAACGAUAUUUUUGAAGUUCAUGAAUUCAGUCAUUCCAACAAUUUAAUUUGAUUUUGUUAACACAAUUGAGCUUUGAUUCAUUUAUAAAUUAAAAAAAAACAAAUGUUAAAAUCUAUUGCA